UAAUAAAUUAGGUGAUAAAUCGGUAUGUAUAGUAUUAGAUUCUUUAUUAAAAUCAUAAACUAUAAAGAAGUUAAAUUUAUCCAAAAAUUUUCUUACGGAUAAAUCAGCAGAAAAAAUAAGCUUAAUAAUUGAAUAAGCAUAUGCAAUAGAGGAGCUUUAUUUACAUUGGAAUCAAAUAAAAUCUAUUGGAGGAAAAUUUAUUUUUAAUUCUUUAAUUGAAAAUGAGAAUUUAAGAGUUUUAGAUUUAUCAAAUAAUUCCAUUGGCUUAGGAAAAGAAAAUUGCCUGUAAGAAAUGGAAAAGUUUUUCUAGAAAAAUAUAAUUUUAAGGCAUUUGGAUUUAUCCAGUAAUUAUUUUGAUUUAAUUUCAUCUUAAAAAAUUUCGGUUUUUAUAGAAAAAAUAAAACAAUUUAUGGAUUUCAUUUUACAGGUAAUUAUGGGUAUGUAGAUUCUAGGGGAUUUUUAGUCGUAAAUGAAAAUUAAAAUAUUGAUUUAACAGGAAUGAAUGUAAAAUAAAGAAUUGAUGGAUGUAAUACUUUACAUAAAAAUACUCUUAAAAAUUAAAGAGAUUUAGAUAUAAAAGAUAAUUGUUGGAUAUGUGAUGGAUGGAAUUAACACAAAAUAGAAUGGGAAAAAGAUAAAAGUGGUGAAGGAAAUAUAGAUCCUUUGUUCAUUCAUUUUAAUUUCGAAAAUUAUAAAUGUAAUUAUUUUGGAAAAUAAAAUGGACCUAUAUUAUCAUAUGAAAGAAUGUUUCCACCAUUUUCUUUAAACUAUUUUUUUACUUGUGAUGAUUAAUAAGAUUAUGAUCAUUCAAAUGAAUAAAAUAUUGUAAAAAAUCCAGAAGGAGAUUAAAUAAAAGAUGUUUAAUUAUAUAAUGACUAAAUUGAAAAUAUCUAAAUAUAAUAUAUUAAUAAAAUUGAAAUUUAAAAAAGUGAAAAAUUAUUUGAUUCAUAUUUUAAUCCUUUAAUUACUAUUGUUCCCCGAACUAGAGAUCCUAAAUAUAUCCCUGCCAAAAAAAAAAAACAAAAAGUAAAAUGGACAUUUCCUAUUUCUUUAUUCGCUAAAUGGUAACCUGAUAAUGAAGAAAUUUUAAAUAAAUGCUUUGAUUUCGAUUGGGAUAAUAGCAAAAUUCCAUAAAAAGUAAAAAACAAAGAAGAUUAAGAGUUACUUAAGCAAUUUUUAAGAGAAAAAUAUAAAUUAAUAAAAGACGCAUAUAAGCAUUUUGCGACUUUCAAUCCUAUAUAAGAUAUUUGGUGUAUAUAAAACGCACCAUGGUUAGAAUUUAUUUCACAACUAAAAAUAAUAGACCAAAAAGUAAAAGAUGCUGACAUUAAUUUGAAAUGGACAGCAACUAUUUCAGGAGGAGAUAAAGGGAAUAUUCGAAAUCCAGAAAGGGGUAUAAGUAGACAUUAAUUAAUGGAAGUUUUAGUUAGAAUAGCAGAGGAAAAAUAUAUUCUUAAAUAUUAAAAAUGUAGUACUUUUUUUGAGGCUAUGAAGCUUUUUUGGGAAGAGCAUCUUGAAGGUAAUUUAGAUUAAAGAUAUAAUUAAUAAUUAUGGAGAAACGAAAGAUAUUGGAAUGAAUAAUGUGAUUAUUGUCUUAAACAUUAUAAGAAAAUUAUUGAACAUGUGUAUAAAAAGUUUGCUAAAUAAAAAGUUAAACCAGGAUAACCGCCUUUUAUGUGCUUAGAUGAACUUAUAAAAAUAAUAUAAUUAGCAGGUUUAGCAGAAGAUGAGCAUUUUGGAUCUACUGUUGGAUAUUUUUCUUUUAAUAUGGCUAUGAUGACUUAAGUAGAUGAGCUUUAUAAUGAUCGAAUUUAUUAAAUGUCAUUAGUUGAAUUUUAUGAAGCUUUAGCUAGAAUAGCUGAGGAUGCUAAUUUUCCUGUAGGUAAUGGGAUUGUUGAAGAAGGGUUUGAUUGGACCUGGGAAAAAAGAAAACAAUAAAUUUUAGCUCAUAAAAUAGAAGGAUUAAUUUUAAGAUUAUUUAAUACUGUUUGUGAUGCUUCUUUUAAGGCUUAAUAUCCGAAAAUUUAAAAAAGUUUUUUUGUAUAAACAGAAGAUUCAGAUUAUGAAUGA